CAAACCCCCCCUCAUAUUCUUUGUCGUUUUCUCUUUUCUGUCCUUUUCUCCUUUUCUCCUUUUUUUUUUUUUUUGCCUCAAUUGAGAUUUUUUUUUUCAUCAAAUCUUUGCAGCAAAAUUUGAUCUGCAAAGCUGCCGGCGGGGUUACGUUCCCCAGGACACAAUCUCGACGUCACCAUCAAUCUUCCCCAAAUGCGGACUUGUCUCGACCAGGUCAAGUUCGUCCGCCAAAAGUCGUAAUCGCAGGCGUCUCUCUGGCUGACUAACAAGCGAAUCCUUGCACAUCGUAUCCGUCAUAAUCAACAACAGGGUCUCUCUGGUGUCUCUCCAGGACCCUGAAACACAUCCGUGGAAACCGAUCAUUUUCGCAAACAUACUUGCACCAUAACGAGAUUAUAGCGUUCAUUCUUGUCAAACUCGCAGAUAAGGAAUUUGAGGUACAUUUUGUUUGACACGUCUUUCUGUACGAACAGGCUGCCAAAAAUCCUUUGUUUACAUCCUUCGGCUCUUGUCUCCCUCUUCAACCUCAAACCAGUCAGCCCUGCCAUCACCUGCCCCUCUUUAUAACUUAGCUUGCGUAUAUAUCUCUUACGUAGCUUUGGCUGCAUGCAUCUGCAAGCACCUUGGUUCCUUGGGACUGGGCACGCGACAAUUUUGACCUCCACUUUGGGUUGAGGUCAAUACUUUGGCAUAUUUACGAAACAUUGGAAGUUGUCUGGUGAUACUCGACAUACAAAAAAGGACGGCUCUAUUUUUUUUUUUUUAUCGGCUUACUCACAAUGUCGCUACGGUCAUGGUUCCGUGGUUCGGGCACGACGACGCCAAAGUCGUCGGCAGGACCAUCAAGAGCCACAACACCACCUUCCGGAGUUCAAGGGGCCGUCAUGACUGCUGAGCAGCAGGAACUUGCCGAUUUGAGCGAUGCGAUGCAGGCUAUGGCUCAUAUCAUGAACGAUGAUCCGGACAGUGCAGAGGCUCAUCUGCGACAGCGCAAAGAUCCCAGUUCAUUCCACCUGUUGGGUCUGGGUGUCUCUAUAUUCAUGCGCUCGAUCCUAGGCUUCGAAAAGGACGUCAUGGCCGAGGCCUCGAAGUGCAUUGCUGACUGCGAGACGCGGUCGUGGAACGACAAGGUCAAGGCCGAGAAGCGAGACCCUGCGACAGACGGCAGACUGUUCCCCAACGGCUCCGAGUUUGCCAUCGUGUACGCCCAGGCGCUGCUGAUGAACGCUGUGGUUAGCGUUCUCCAUGAGAGCCUUACGGAUGCACUAAAGGCAUUCUAUAAGCUGCGAAAGGCCAUGGCCGUCAUGAGCAGCAUAUCUGCUGCAGAAGAGAAGAUUUUGAAAGAGCAAGGCGCAUCUAGCGCUCAAGGUAACCCUUUUGAGCAAACACCGACAAAUUCCAGCAGUGCAAAGCUGGCAGCAGAAGACGAAGACAGCGAUCUUGAAUUUGUAGAUGCCGACGAGAAGGUGUCACCUGAAGCCCCGAUACAUGUCACCUAUGAUGGUCACACGAGCACAAAAGACUCGACAGUUCAACCAGCGACUGACACGAUGACGCUGGAGGGGAAAUUACAAGCACUUGAAAUACCAGAUGACACAGAUAACAAGUCUCAGCUCAGCAAAUCUGCAGUCGAAUCUCGGGUACCAUCGUUGUCGACAUCGCGAGCGGCCUCGCCGGGACCGCCUCCUCAAUUUACCAAUGCAGCUUCCGAUGGUAGUAUUUUCACUCACCCGAUAGACAUUUUUAUUCAUUCUGCGAUCAAUAUGUGCUACGGAAGUCUCAUGCUGGUUCUCUCCAUGGUGCCACCAGCCUUUUCUCGGCUACUGGGUAUCAUCGGCUUCCGCGGUGACAGGGACAAGGGUCUCCACAUGCUCUGGCAAAGCGCUGCUCACCCCAAUAUGAACGGCGCCGUUGCCGGGCUUUUGCUUCUGGGGUACUAUCACGGCCUGUUGGCAUUCGCUGACGUCCUCCCUAGCGAGCGCGAUGUGGCGGAGCUUGCAGAACCGGAUGAGAUCGUGGGCUACCCGCGUGGGCGGUGUAUCGAGUUACUCCGCGUCAUGCGCGAGCGAUAUCCCGCUUCCGGUCUCUGGCGAAUGGAACAGGCUCGUGUUCUCAUCGGCGAGAAGAAGCUCAAGGAGGGAAUUGAGAUGCUUGAAAAGUGCGGCGACGCCAAAAUGAGGCAGGUCACGGCUUUGAGCACGUUUGAACUGGCAGUCAGCUCAAUAUGCUUCUUGGACUGGCCGCGGAUGCACAGUUCCUUUGUGCGCAUGGUCGAGCUCAACGACUGGAGCCAUGCUCUUUACUACUUUAUUGCCGGCUGCGCCCACCUCGAGAUGUACAGGGAUGCCGUGCAUGAGCUUGGCGGACUAUCAGAGCUUUCGGACGAGGGCAGCGAAUCGGAGAAGGACGUCAAGGCCACGGCGACAAAGGAUGGGUUGGAUGUGGAUGACAUCAGGAAGAAGGAGCUGAUCUCCAACGCUCGGAAGUACAAGAAGAGCGCUGAAACCUUGUUUCGAAAGGCACCCACCACAGCCGGCCGCAAGCGUUUCAUGGCUCGACAAAUGCCCUUUGAGGUCUUUGUGAUGCGAAAAGUGGCCAAGUGGGAAGAGCGCGCCACGUUACUCAAACUCGACCUGGCGGAUGCCAUAGGUCCCAGCCCGGCAGCAGAGAUGAUAUAUCUCUGGAACGGUGGAAAGCGCAUGAACCAGGAGCUCAUCGAGAAGGCGAUGACGGUUCUGGAAUGGGACAGGUGUACGUCAAGUGCAACGGUCGCCAAGGUUAAAGAGGAACACGAUGAGGUCGCAAUCCAUGGUGUUGGGCAGGCCGCACUCCUGAGGCAUGCAGGCCGGGGUGACGAGGCCAAGGAAAUAUUGCUGGAUAUUUCGGCCUAUGAUCGUGCCACAUGCAAAGGCGGAAAUAAGGAUGACUAUAUCCUUGCAUCUGCCACCUACGAAUUGGCAAUGCUGGCCUGGGACGACGUCUGCCGUCCAGAGCAAUGGCCGACGGAUGCCGACGAGGUAGAAGACUUCCGUCGCAAGAAGACGGAAGAAUGUUACACGCUACUCGAUACUGUGGCCAAGUGGGAAACAUAUGUUCUCGAUGCACGAUUUGGCAUGCGUGUACAAACUGGACUGGACACGGUCAGGUGGCUCAGUAAAAAGAAGGGUUGGACGCUGUAGGGUCUGGAUUGUAAGCUGCCCUAGAAUGAUGGACACCCAAUGGUUACAUAAUAUAGUAUUGUGCAUAUACGAGCCUUUGAGGCUGAGCUCUGUUGUUUAUUUUUUCUUCUUCUUUUUCUCUGUCAUAACAUCUUCCAGACUAGAUUUGGUUUUAUCCUGCGUUGCAUUGGGCAUAGACUGGCUGGGAAUAUCACAUUUGCACAUCUACAUGGGCUUUAUACUGGUGGAAGAAAAUACACUAACCUCAAGGUCAUGCUUCUCUGUCUUUUUUUUUUUUU